AUGCAGCAGCCCGACAUGGAGUCGUUCAAGGCCCGGGUGGUGAGCACGUUGAUAAAGCUGAGCCAGAAUGAGCUGAGGCUCUUUGGGAUCUACUUGAGGAACGUCGAGGAGGAGCCCCGAGUCUCGAAGCACGACCUGGAGAUGGCCACCAAGCCGGAGGAGCUGGCCGAGCUGCUCCUGAAGCGCUACGUCCUGACCCGGACCCCCCGGGUACUCGUCCAGGUGCUCGGGAAGGUGCCCCGGAAGGACCUGGCCCUCGAGUGGGAAAAUAUGUCAAGGAUGAAUUUGAAGAGACCAUAUGAAGAUGACAGCUCUGAAUUGGAUUGUUACAACAUGGAUCGAACACGAAAGGCCUUUGUGAUGUGUGUGAAGACAGGCAGACCAGGGGCUGAACAGGAUAUAAGUAGAAUAAGAAACUGGCUUGAAAAGUGCAAGUUUGAAUAUAUAUCUUGUGAUGAUCCUGAUGAAGAGGAGUUAAUUGAGAAAUUAACACAGUUUCGAGAUGGGAUAAAUAGAAUAAAAGAAGAAGUUAGCUGCUGCCUUGUUACUCUGAUGGCCCAUGGAGGAAAAGGCUUUAUAAAAACAAGAUCUGAUGAAAGAGUCAAUUUAUCAGACAUUUUUGAAAUGUUCAACAAUGAAAACUGCCCAGCACUUCAAGAGAAACCAAAGAUCUUUGUAAUCCAGGCCUGUAGAGGAGAACAAAGAGAUGGUGGCGUUGUUCAAGCUGAUGAUGAGCCGAUGGAACUGGAUUAUUUAGAGAAAAAGCGACUUCCCACAUUCAGUGAUUACUAUAUCAUCUAUCCCACCCAAGAAGAUCAUGUUGCUUUACGCCAUCCAAGAGAUGGUUCUGUGAUGAUUGAAGCAAUAGAUGAAGUCUUUCGGCAACAUGGCAAGAAGUGGCAUAUUGCAGAUUUUUUUACUCAAGUGAACAACCGAGUGGUGCACACCAACUUUUACAUAAAAAGAAGCCCGAUAAAAGUAGUCCUUGUCAUGGAGUCCACUCUCACUAAAGCCGUAUACUUUUGACCCUCCGAGGAGGAUCUUGAUGACUGCAUGACUUGUUUUUGCAUUUACACGGAGCCUCCCACUUUAUAAAACACUGUCUGGAAUCUGCUGCCCCAGGCUUGGAGGAUUGUGUGGGUCCUGGAAGGUAGAUGUGAGUGACUACAGAAUCAGUCACAUUAAAGACAAAUCCCUCCCCUAUUUUUUAAGUUUUUUUAUGUGAAAACGUGGACUUCUCUGAUUGUUUUUUAUUGAUGUUGUUAAGUCGUUUUCCUUUUUCCAAGAUAUUUUUUUAAA